CCACAGGAUUCUUCGCUGCUUUUACAGAUCCAGACUAACACGACUACCCCUCUGAUACUGGCCAUAAGGAGUGUGGUCAGGAGUGGGGGUCACUGGUCCGGAUCCAGCCAGCUCAGUCCUCAAUCAGGCAUCUCUGGCUGGCUGGGCUUCUCAGAAGAAGCCAGUAAAUUAGCAGAUAAGAGGGGCCAUUAGGUGCUGGGUGGGGAUUUCACAACACUUUUGAUAAGGCGUCUCCAUAAAAAGCUGUCAGGGAAAUGAGUAAUCCCUGGUAGGAGGGGAGCCUUGUGGUGUGUUGGCCGCUGGGGUGAAAGGGAGCUGUGGUGAGCAGCAGCUGGCCUGGUUGGAUAGAGGACUUGCUGGGAGGGAAUUCAGGAGGUGUUGGGGACCUUGAGUGGUGCUGGAGUCUCAUCUUACGAGCUGUCUGGCUGCCUCCCAACCGUAAGGAAGCAUCUCCGGAGGCUGCAGAGAAGACUGAGGAUGGCCAAAGCGAUGGCUGGCUGUGGAGAUCCCUGCUCCGGCAGCUCUGAACUCCUCAUUGCCCUUCGCCUGGCAUAGCUCGGGCUGUUGGGAGCGAUUCGAUUUUGGAUCCACCAGCCUAUCAGGGUGAGAGGAUGGCUGCCUCCGUGAUGGGCCAGGCCAUGGUCACCCACGUGCUGGUGGCCCUGUUCGGAAUGGGCUCCUGGGUCUCCGUGAACUCCUUGUGGGUGGAGCUCCCCGUGGUGGUGAAGUGGCUUCCAGAAGGCUGGAAUCUCCCUGCCUACCUCUCAGUCCUCAUCGCCCUGGGGAACGUGGGCCCCAUCGCCGUCACCCUGGCUCACAAGCUCGCCCCUGGGUGGCUGAAGGAGCGCUGGGUCAUCCAUGCCAUCCAGGUGCUGGGUGUGGGAGCGGCCCUCUUCCUGGCUCUGUUCUGGCACCGGACGGCGAUGGUGGCGGGGGAGCCCCACAGCCUGGCCUUCCUGCUCCUGACCUUCCUCCUGGCCUUCGUCUGCUGCACCUCCAACGUCACCUUCCUGCCCUUCAUGUACCAGUUCCCCCAGCAGUUCAUCCGCACCUUCUUCGUGGGCCAGGGCCUGAGUGCCCUCUUCCCCUGCGUGGUGGCACUGGCGCAAGGGGUGGGCAAGCUGGAGUGCCGCAACGCCACCACUGGCAACGGCUCCCAGCCCCACUACCUGGAGGAGAACUUCCCCGCGGACACCUACUUCUGGCUGAUGUCCGCCAUGCUCACUGUCUCGGCGCUCGCCUUCCUGGGGCUGAUCCUGCAGCGCCGCCGCGCCAGCAGCUCCCCUGCCUGCCAGGAGAGCUCUUCCAAGGGCAGCGUGGAGACGGAGGAGUCCUUCCCACUGCAGGACGGCACCCCCCUGUCGGACAGCGCCAUGGAGAUCGCCAAGGGCGCCCACUCCCCGGCCCAGCCCGCCUACUUCUGGACAGGCCGGAACAUCUACCUGCUGGUGCUGCUGGGCGUCUCCAAUGCGCUGACCAACGGCGUGCUGCCCUCGGUGCAGAGCUACUCCUGCCUGCCCUACGGGAGCACGGCCUACCACCUCUCCGUGGUGCUCAGCAACAUCGCCAACCCCGUGGCCUGCUUCGUCGCCAUGUUUGUGCUCUGCAGGUCAGUGGUGGGCUUGAGCGUCAUCUCUGUGCUGGGAGGUGUCUUUGCGGCCUAUUUGAUGGUGCUGGCCGUGCUCAGCCCCUGCCCUCCGCUGCUGGGCAAUGCGGCUGGAGUUGCCCUGGUGGUGCUGUCCUGGAUCCUGUUCCUGGGCCUCUUCUCCUACCUCAAGGUGGUGAUUGGCAGCCUGCUGCACGAGGCUGGCCACACGGCGCUGGUGUGGUGUGGAGCGGUCAUCCAGGCGGGCUCCCUGGUGGGCGCCCUGGCCAUGUUCCCCCUCGUCAGCAUCUAUCACCUCUUCCAGAGCGGGCAGGACUGUACCGACAGCUGCAGGGCAUGAGUGGGGCAGGACACAGCGGCCCCAUGGGGGGCUCUGCCCGGCUGGAGCUGGCACCAGCUGGCCUCCGCCUUAGGGACGUAAGAAUUGCUGUAGAGGGUUCAGAGCAGUGGGCCGGCUCGUCCCACGGCUCCUGGCCAGUAGCUGAUGCUUCAGAGGAGAAGCCCGUGGUGCCCCUGGUCAGCUGGGAGCCUCUGCUCUCCGUUGCUGCAUGGAGCAGGCCCGUGGGCUGGUCAUGCUACCGUACGGACCAGGCACCAGCAGGCCUGCCCAGCCCUGCUGCUUGGGGAGAGGGGUAGCAGCCCUGCCUUGCGGCCUGGUUCCCUGGGGCUGGCAGCUGCUGCACUCAUGCUUCUCCAGCAGAGUUUACGACACGCUGGGGUGGGGGGGGCGCUUCACUGGUGCUGCCGCCAGUGUCCGAAUGUCAGAGUUGGGGGCCCCUGUGGUGCAGGACCAGGCUCCAUGGGGUCCCCCCUCCCACAGCAGUGGCUGCUGACUGGAUGGAGCCGCUGGGCACCCUUCUCCAGCGCCGUUCCACUCGCUGUGCAGCCACCCCAGCCCCUGCCCAGUGCUCUCAGUACACAUUAACCCUGGGCAUCUCUUCCCCCGCCCUGCCCCAGCCCUCCGGCCCAGGGCCCCGCCAAACACUGUACCCCAGCACCAGGGGAUCUGGCGAGCGGUGACCUGCCAGCCUGCGGCUGGGCUGCCCUGAGUUCUGUACCCUCUGUGCUGUGGUAGCCCCCAGGGAAUCCUGCCCCCUGCUCACUGCAGAGCCAACACUUAGCAGGGGGAGCUCGGGGAUGGGCUGGUCUCUGAUCCCAGCCAUUGCAGCCUGUACCCCAGAGCUGGGGUCUAUGCCCCGCCUUCAGGAUGGAUCCUGGAUGCCCAGCUGGCCCCAUGGUUCACUCCCAGCAGCCUCUUCUCAAGCACAGGAGCUGGUCGGCCUCAGCCCAGGGAGUUUAUCUUGGCAGGACAAGGGGCAAACAGCUGCCUGAAUCUCUGCGGGUCUGCAUGGCUCCUGCCGUCCAAAAACAAGCAGGGCUGGGUGGGCCCAGGCUGGGGGGACACAAACUGCAGCGGGGGGACAGGGGUUCCUCACUGCGGGGGGGGGGGGGGGGGCGGAGGGCUGCUCUGUUCCCUGAGCAGCCUGGGAUCAAAGCCAGCAGGGAACCCCCAGCCUUGGGGGGGUCUCCUAAGCCAGGCCCCUAGGCGCAGGGUGGCAUGCACUGCCUGGCUACUGGCUGUGUCACCUCUGCAGGCCCUUCCGCAUGCUGCCCGGUGUGCUCAGGCCUCUGCGUCUUACUGGCUCCUGCUGGGGUCCACGGGGCUGGGCGGUCGGUGAUCUGUCUCCACAGCGGUAGAAAGAUGGUGAUUUUGUGUAGACGCCGACUCCCCAUCGCUGUGGGCCAUGGAGGGGUGGAGCAGGAAUAAAUCUUAUCCGAAUCACUG